AUGGAGGAUGUUUGUAGGCGCGACACCCAGUUUCUCUCUGGGUGUGUUUGGCUUUCCCUGGCCUCAUUCUUUCUGUCUCCUGGCAGGCUCGGGGACCAGUUCUAUAAAGAAGCCAUUGAGCACUGCCGGAGUUACAACUCGCGGCUAUGCGCUGAGCGUAGCGUGCGUCUCCCCUUCCUGGACUCACAGACCGGGGUGGCCCAGAACAACUGCUACAUCUGGAUGGAGAAGAGACACCGUGGUCCAGGCCUCGCCCCUGGCCAGCUGUACACCUACCCUGCCCGCUGCUGGCGUAAGAAGAGAAGAUUGCACCCUCCUGAGGAUCCAAAGCUACGACUGCUGGAAAUAAAACCUGAAGUGGAACUGCCCCUAAAGAAGGAUGGAUUCACCUCAGAAAGUACCACCCUUGAGGCCUUGCUCCGAGGGGAGGGUGUAGAGAAGAAGGUGGAUGCCAGAGAGGAGGAGAGCAUCCAGGAGAUACAGAGGGUUUUGGAAAAUGAUGAAAAUGUGGAAGAAGGAAACGAAGAAGAGGAUUUAGAAGAGGAUAUUCCCAAGCGAAAGAAUAGGACCAGAGGGCGGGCCCGUGGCUCUGCAGGGGGCAGGAGGAGGCACGAUGCCGCCUCCCAGGAGGACCAUGACAAGCCCUACGUCUGUGACAAGAGUUACAAACAAAAGCAUAACUCAAAAUCCUCCGACAAAGUCUGCGGUAAGCGCUACAAGAACCGGCCAGGACUCAGCUACCACUAUGCUCACACUCACCUGGCCAGCGAGGAGGGGGAUGAAGCUCAAGACCAGGAGACCCGGUCCCCACCCAACCACAGAAACGAGAACCACAGACCCCAGAAAGGACCGGAUGGGACAGUCAUCCCCAAUAACUACUGUGACUUCUGCUUGGGGGGCUCUAACUUGAACAAGAAGAGUGGGCGGCCAGAAGAGCUGGUGUCUUGUGCAGACUGUGGACGCUCUGCUCAUUUGGGAGGAGAAGGCAGGAAGGAGAAGGCAGCGGCCGCAGCACGCACCACGGAGGACUUAUUCGGUUCCACGUCAGAAAGUGACACCUCAACUUUCCACGGCUUUGAUGAGGACGAUUUGGAAGAGCCUCGCUCCUGCCGAGGACGCCGGAGUGGCCGGGGCUCCCCCACAGCAGAUAAAAAGGGCAGUUGCUAAACCCAUGGAACAGACUCUCUGGCCCACUAGCCACCACCCUCCGACUUUGGUCAUUGUUCUGGUUCUGAUAUAUUUUUUUUAAUGAGAGACGACUUUAGGUUUUCCCCUUCUCCUUGCUUUUCCCUCUCACCUUCCACACCUCCCGCCCCCCUUUCCCUCUGUUUUGGGUAUGUACAGCAGAAGCACAAACUACUGAAACAAAACAAAACAGAACAAAAGAGCAGAAUAACAGUCCUUCAGCGUGACGGCAUCGUGAUGUACUAUUUAUUUUCUAUAGACUGGGACGUUAGGUGGAUUAUCUAUUUUGGGGGGGAGGGGAUUUUUUUUGACAUGAGCAGAGUUGAUUUUCUCAGUUUUCCUAUUUAUUGGCAAAACGAAGCCAGGAGGAACAUUGGGUUUGGAAACAAAGAACCAAUAACAUUAAAAUUGUAUUUAUGUAUUCUUGCUAUUAUUAGAAAUGGACCUUUUUCUUUGAGAGAGAGAAGGGAAAUCAAAGAGGUUGAAGUCAUAUCCUGUUUAGGAGAAGCCACUGGGGGUAGAGGGGGAAGGGUUGACUGAAGGAGGAGACCUAGCCAGGAUGGUGUCCUCCAUGGGAGAUGAUGACACUUUCUGUACCCCACAGAAUUUGUGGCUGCCCCGACAGACCCCGCCCCGCUUCUCCUCCUUGACCUUUCCAUCUUCCUCCCUGCUUGUGAGAAAAUGUCAGCAGUUCCAGACCAGUCUGGCUGCCGAAUGUGGCCUCCCUCCAGCACCCGCCUCGACUGGCAGCCUGCUAGGCUCCUCCAUCCUCCACGCACGGUCGCUGUUUUGUCGUCGCUGGCUUUUUCCUCACUUUCCUUCUGGUGAAGAGUAAUUUCCAAAUGCAGGAAUGGAAUAUCAGCAGAUGGUCAUGGACUCAGCAGUGACCCAACGUGUGGACGCCGCCCUCCUGGAAGAAAGAAUGAUACCUCACAGUAUACUGUCCCUCCCCUCGCCCUUGUUUAAAAACUUAUAAAUUCCUGUUGGAUGAUCAAGUCUCCCGUGUUUCUUCUAUUUUUUUAUAGUGUCCUCCAGGCACUUUGUUUUAUGUUUCCAAUAGCACCUCCUGAAAUAAACCAAAGCAACACUUGCUCAAGGCGCCCGGGGAGCUGGCGCGGACCCUCUGCCUCGUUGGCAGUCCCCCGAGGGAGCGGCUGUGCGGCCCUGGUCCAAAGUCAACUCUAUGACCUGGGGACUCCAGAAUCCUUCAAGCAAGCCAUUUCCGAAGAAGGCGAAAGAAGCCAUGAUGAUGCGCCUACUCCUUCUCCUUCUCUUCCUCUUCCCUUGCCUGGCCCCCUCCUGCGUGUGUGUUUCAGCCAACACAGGAGCCUGGAUUGUGGAAAAACCUCCAGUGCAACUCAGCUCAGAAAAGUCUUGGGAAUGGCCUCAGUUUGUGCAAUAAGAAGAUUUUUUUUUUCCUUUUUAAAAUUCUUCAUUACAUUUUCUUUAAUUGUCUGUGAGAAAAGUACCCGGGUCAGACUGGAAUUGCUCUGCAAUAGAUUGCUCUACGAUCUAACUGAACACAACAAACUGACAAAAAAGAGAGUUAUUUUAUUUAUUUCAAUAUUUAAAAGAAAAAAGUGCUGGCAUUGCACAAUAUUUUUGUUUAAAGUAACUUCUGCUUCAAAAAUUAAAAGAGUUUUGUGAAGACAUGAAAUCAAAAGAGUACUUAAUGUAAAAUAAAGACUGCCUAUUAACUCUAAGGAAAAAUACCCCACACUUUUAAUAAGAAAAUAAAGAUCAACUCUGCUCUC